AUGGCGCAGGUUAACGCGGCCGCUGCGGUUGAUCACGGCGAAGGCCUCCGGGUAGCCGAGACGUCGUCGAGGUGCGUGACGGAGGGCGCGACGCACGAUUUCGUGGUGACCAACUACCCGCUGCUCGACGGCAUGGGCUUCGGGAGGUACAUUAGGUCGAGCACGUUCACCGUCGGCGGCUACGAUUGGAACAUCAGGUUCUACCCGGACGGAGGCAAGGAGGACGCUGCCGGCAACGCGGGGGCCUACUUGUGUUGUCUUUGCCAGCUGGCCAAGUACGAGGUGAGGGCAAUGUUCACAUUAACCAUGCUGGACGAUCAAGGCCAUGUACAAGAGACCAGGCAGCUUCCCGGCCAGCUCGAGCGCACCCUCAAGGACGGGAUAGGCGCGGACGUCACCAUCCUCGUGGGAGGCCGGCGGUUCAGGGCGCACAGGUUCAUGCUGGCCAUGCGGGCGCCGCUUCUCGACGCUCAGAUCUUUGGUCCGACGAUGGAGGUCGCCGACAUGGAGCCGGACAUCUUCCAGAUCCUUCUUCACUACGUCUACACGGACUCGUUGCCGCCGUGCGACGGCCAAGGUUAUAGCACCGCCGCAGUGGAGCACUUGCUGGCCGCAGCUGAUCGGUACGGGCUAGGCAGGCUGAAGGCGAUGUGCCAAGGAGAGUUGUGCGGGCGCAUUGAUGCUAAUACCGUCAUGGCCACAUUGGCACUGGCGGAUCAGUAUAUAUGUGAGCGGCUCAAGGAUGCCUGCCUCGAGUUUCUGUCGUCAGAGGAAUCAAUGAUUGCAGUCAUCGCGACCGACAGGUUCAAACACCUCAUCAAAAGUUUCCCCAUGCUUGAUUUGGAAAAGAGCCCCGAGGACCUCGCCAGGAAGUAA